UGUCACUUUGCGGUUGAUUGCGGACUAAGGGACCAAGUUACAGCCCUUUACACCUUGUUUCUCUUUAUUUCCGUCUUUCAGUAAUAUUUACUACCGGAUAACUCCCACAAUGCCCGCCCGCAACCCCACCGGUUUCGACCUCGCCCAGUUCAAGGCCGCGGCCUCCCCAUCUUCCGUCUGGGCCAAGCGGGAUCCAUGGGCUCGCAAUGAGACCUGGCGCUAUACCGGCCCCUUCAGCAGAGCCAAGCGCUUCAGAGGUCUCUUCCCCGGCUUCGGUAUCGCGUCUGUCGCUUUCGCUGCCUACUGCACAUACGAGCACUUCUUCUUGAAAGAUGAUCACCACCACAGCGACGCUCAACACGGUGACGGUCACCACUAAAAGGUUGUCUCUGGAGACCAAUUGAGAAUGCCGCCGACCGACGGAUAAUCGAGCGGAGGACGUAUACCCCAGGCGACAAGAAAGAGUCGUCUCGCCUCCGCGAGAACUACAGUCGGGCUUUGGAUCAUGGCGCCUACGGUUUGCCGAUUCCGGGAGCUUUUGUCGUGUUAGGGCGGAGAUGCAGCUUCUCAUGGCUCAUAAGGAGCGUAGCUUCCAGAUGGCGCUUUGGGUUUGAUUUGUCGAAUGUACAUAGCUUUUGUUCCACUACUACAACCACACGUUUCUUUAUUUUUUGA